ACGAAAAUCAAACUUUGCACAUAGAUCUCGCGCCCCGUGAGCCAUUCGCUAAGCCACGACGCGCGCGCGACGCCACUCGGAGCCACUACAGCCAAGACGCGCUACGUGCUACCGGCAACGAGAGAUACUUGGGUUGCCGAAAACAAAAAAAACACAAUUCAAACUAGACAUGAGUUAGAACCCAAGAUUUCGCACGUUAGCUUCAGUUCCACGCGGGCAACCGGCGACUCGCAACGCAUUUCCGAAUCGAUCUGGUCGUGAUUAGUGGGGACCCCUAAGUGAAGUGAAUUGUUGGUGAUUAUUUCGUUGUUUAUUUCAUUGGUGUGCUAAACAACAUCGAUAUAUUUCGGGUGCAACAGUUUUUGGGAAAAGUGAUCCGGUUUCUCGGGCAAAAGUGUUACGAAGAAAGUGAAUUUGUGGCAAAAUGCUUGAUCCUUACGCAAACGUGUCGUCGAUAGAUGCCUUGUGGGAUGUCAACGGCAGUUCUUUCGUGAGCGACCGGUGGAAUGCCAUCCUCGAUGUGAUUGGUGACGAUCCCGCGACACAUUACAUUUGGUAUCUAACCCUAUGGACGUACGGGCUCUUCUGGAUCAUCGGAGGUCUAUUCGUCUUCAUGGAUCUUACCAACAAACCUGCCUGCAUGCGAAAGUACAAAAACCAACCGGGCACACACGAACCACUGGAAUGGAGUAAGCUGAAACCGCUGCUAAAAACCGUCAUAACGAACCAAAUAUUCUUUGGAAUUCCGACAACCUAUAUCUCGUACUAUGCCAUGAAGGCCAUCGUCACUAAAAUCCCAGAUGUUCGCGUGUUGCCUACGAUCGAAAUCAUCUUACGUGACAUGCUGGUGUGCAUCGUAGUAUGGGAAAUCACCUUCUAUUACAGCCACCGGUUGCUACAUGCCGGUUUCCUGUACAAGCACAUCCACAAAAAGCACCACGAGUGGUCCGCACCGAUUGCCUGGUCGGCCAAGUAUGCCCAUCCGAUCGAGUUUAUCAUCAGUGAUCUGAUGCCGGUAUACAUCGGUCCUGCUCUGAUGGUGAGCCACCCGGUGACGAUGGCCAUUUGGUUUGUGUUUGUCAUGAUGGACACCCUGGUGGACCAUUCCGGCUAUCACCUGCCGGUAUUGGGAAGUUCUGAACAACACGAUUAUCAUCACUUGAAAUUCAACCAGUGCUACGGACUCUUUGGCUGGUGGGACACUCUCCACGGUACGAACGAAGAGUUCCGCAAAAAGAAGCAAUUCAAGCGCAACAAGAGGAUCUUCUCUCUGAAAUCUGCCCGCGAGCUGGUUCCAGACGAGUAGAAGACUAGCUGGUAUUUCUUUUUUUUUUUUUUUAACCUUAGAAAACAUUCGAAGGGCACUUUUGUAGACAUUCGACGUACGAUAGUCACGUUUUGGUGGACCUGAGAUUGCUCAAAUUAUUCAGUACAGUGAAUGACAGCGCUUGUGGUGAAAAUAUGUGUUUUACAGUGUGACAUCUAAUUUAUGCAUUGAAUAGUUACUAGUAUAUGUUCUACAACAUAAAAUUGAUCGAAUAGAUGUGAUCAGUUUCAGAUAGAUCUGAAAUAUUUUGUAUGGCUAUAAAUCCAAUUACCGUUCUGCAGAUCUGGCAUGUGCUUGGGUAAUAUUAUAAAAACGAUAAGUAAAUUACAUGUUUUGAUA